AUGAUUGGUUUCCAGUAUGCAAACUGUGAAGCUGUGGCUUACUACAAUGUGACAGUGAGGAAAGUAUCCGGGGAACCCAGCAAUCAGGACAGUUUCAGAACUAAAGAUUCAUCUCUCACCCUGAUCCUGUCUUACUCUGCAUACAACAUCAGUAUCAGAGCUGUAAACACUGCUGGAUCAUCUCCUGAUUCCAGUAUAGCCACUGAGCAAAUGGAUGAAUGGAGAGAUUCGUUUGGGCCAUUCAGUGUCAACAUAACCAGCAAGAACAAUUUUAGUCUGUCCUGGAUCAGUUCCAUCUCAAGUGUUUGUUACUCUGUGGAGUGGUGGGCCAAAGGACAGAUACCAACUUUUUGUCCAUUCUACGCAAAGCAGACGCACAAAGAAAUAACUGGGAAAACUGACAGCUGUAGGGGGAAAGGACGUGACAUGUGGCCAAUUUUUCAGCCAUAUACAAGAUAUUAUUUCAUCCUGCACACCAGACCGUACCCAGACACAUGCAACAUGAAGAAUAUAAACAACAGUGAGACGACCUAUGGCACAGCCCAAGUUUACUUCACUGAAGGAAGUCCUAUCAGUGCUCCUGGGAAUGUGAGCAUUUUGAAUAUUACCCAGCAUUCCUCAGUAAUCACAUGGUGCCCCAUGUCUGAGAAAGACCUGCGUGGAUUCUUAUUAGGCUACUACAUCUACUUGACAUGGGACAAUAAUGAAACAUCCUUCACAGUGGAUCCUAGCAUAAGCAGUUAUGAGCUGCAGAAUCUUGUAAGCAACAGUGUGUACCGCGUGCAGCUGUCUGCAUUUACAGCGGCUGGAGAAGGAGAGCGGAGUGAUUUCAAACACUUUGUCAAAAACCCACUAGAAUUCACAGCUUUGAACAGCAUUAUAGCCGCGGUCGUUGUGGGAAUAAUAAUUAUUUUACUAGCAGUUCACCUCAGCUGUCGACUUCUGCACAGAGCCAAGAAACUGCUGUGGCCGAAUAUACCAAAUCCUGAGAACAGCAACGCUGUUCAGAAAAUUGAAAUAGCCUAUGAACUGGGUAUCCUGGAGCCACUGAACAGACAGAGGUUAGAGCAAAGUGAGGGAUGUGAUUCCAGUACAGUGUGUGUCGUUGGGAGCAAGAGGGAGGCAUCUCCUCUCUGUAGCCCUCCCACUGCUCAGGCUGGUGUGCCCACUACCCUUCUCCUCAGUGAAGAUGAGGACAGCCCAUCCAUCCCGGAGCAGAUCGCACCACCUGACACCCCAACACAAGUCCCCACCAACGAGUCAGGUUCCACAAAGACCUUCCCUAUGGACUUUAAUAAGACAGACUCCACUUUGAACACUUCUGUUGAUGAAGAAAUCACAACCUUUGUAAGCAAAGACCCUGGAGAGACCAUCUCCAACACGACAGGAUCGGACUUCAUUCCAACCUCACAACCUGCAGUGGUUUUCAUGAGCGAUUACACUACCAUGGAAAUCUUCCAGCAGGUCACUAUGGCUGGGAUUCAGGGUCCAUCCAUGCAAACAGAGAAACCUGGAUUGGUUCCUGUACAUCCAGGGCAGGAUUAUGUAAGGCAGUCCUAUUUUUUACAAGAAACAGUCCAGUAAUCCACCAGGGGCAUGUAACGGAAUUAUUGAACCCAGAAAUCUCAGUGCUCUGAGAUGCUUUUAUACAGUGAUUUAGAAAACAUUUUCUGUAUAGACACAGUCCCUCUGGAGCACCCUGAGAUUAGGAGCCUCGUUUAAGGGUACAACGUUCAUUGUCCUGUUGCUGACUGAGCUUUAACCGCUACUCAACACCUCCUGUAAAAGAUGGAAU